AUCGUUGCAUCAGAAUAACCUGCACCCACAGCAUGUGGUCUUGUGGUGUAUGUGGUGGUAGUGAUGUGGUGCAGUAGAAGUUCAGAAGACAAAAUUGAACCGUAACUGUCACCCUACCGCUUUUAUCUUCCUCUUGUGGAGUAACUACAUAAAAGUGAUUGGAUAUAUUUACUUUGUAUCUGUUACAUGCAAUAACCAAGGUUUACAAGAUGCCAGAUCUGGAGUCAAAAAUGGGUGAUAUAUCAUUAGGUGAAAUAUAUACGUCCGAGAAGACUGGCUGCGAUGAAACUGGAGAUGGAACGGAAAAUAAGCCUUUCAAGACCGUUUUGCAGGCAAUGAGGCAUGCUGGGAAGGAGCCACUCCCAACCAUAUAUGUAGACGCAAAGGAGGAGGGAAAGAAAUUCGAAGUGGUGGCAAAAUCUCAGCUCAAGAAGGUCCAGAAGAUAUGGGUACGAGAGAGUUACAAGUCCGCAGACAAGGCCAAGAAAGAAGAAACAGAUGCGGAUAACAGGUUGAAGAAUCUUGAAGAAGCAAAGAAGAUCAAAAUAGAAGAGGACAAAUCUUUACCAAAAGCGAAACUUAUAAAAAUCUUCAAUGGUAAAGAACAUAGAGGUAGCCGUGUGAAAAUAUAUGGCUGGGUUCAUCGAUUGAGAAAACAAGGGAAGUCGCUGAUGUUCAUUACACUACGUGACGGCACGGGAUUCCUGCAGUGUGUGCUCAACGACGUGUUGGUGCAAACAUACGAGGCUCUGGUGCUGUCCACAGAGUCUUCGGUGCUGCUGUACGGUGUGCUCAAGGAGGUUCCUGAAGGAAAGAGUGCGCCAGGUGGCCACGAGCUGCAGGUGGACUACUGGGAGCUGGUAGGACUGGCGCCUGCUGGAGGUGCGGACAGCAUACUCAAUGAGGACGCUCACCCUGAUGUUCAGCUUGACAAUAGGCACAUCAUGAUCCGUGGCGAGAAUACGUCCAAAAUACUGAAGAUGAGAUCAGUGAUAAUGCAAGCAUUUAGAGAUCACUACUUUAGCCGAGGCUAUUGCGAGGUCACCCCUCCUACUCUGGUGCAAACGCAGGUGGAGGGUGGCUCGACACUCUUCAAGCUUGACUAUUUCGGAGAGGAGGCGUUCUUGACCCAGAGCUCCCAGUUGUACUUGGAGACCUGUAUCCCGGCUAUGGGAGAUGUGUUCUGUAUCGCACAGAGUUACCGGGCCGAGCAGAGUCGUACUAGACGUCACCUGGCAGAAUACUCUCAUGUUGAGGCAGAGUGUCCGUUUAUCUCAUUUGAUGAUCUGCUGGACCGGCUGGAAGACUUGGUCUGCGAUGUAGUUCAGCGAGUUCUCGACUCCCCGUAUGGUGAGAUUGUCUACGAGCUCAACCCUGAAUUCAAGGUUCCCAAGAAGCCGUUCUUGCGUAUGAACUAUUCUGAUGCCAUAAAGUACCUGAAAGACAACAACAUCACUAAAGAAGAUGGUUCUUUCUAUGAAUUUGGAGAGGAUAUCCCCGAGAUGCCAGAGAGAAAGAUGACGGAUGCCAUCAAUCAACCGAUCAUGCUGUGCCGUUUCCCUGCGGGUAUCAAGGCCUUCUACAUGGCGCGCUGUCCGGAGGAUAACCAGCUCACCGAGUCUGUGGACGUCCUGUUGCCCAACGUCGGGGAGAUCGUGGGAGGUUCCAUGCGUCUGUGGGAUCACGACUCUCUGAUGGAGGGCUACAAGAGUGCUGGUAUCGACCCCACACCCUAUUACUGGUAUACUGACCAGAGGAAGUAUGGAACCUGUCCUCAUGGUGGUUACGGUCUGGGGCUGGAGCGAUUCCUAUGCUGGUUAUUGAACCGUUACCACAUCCGCGAGGUCUGCCUGUACCCACGGUUCCUGGAGCGUUGCCGUCCGUAGGACAUCAGACCGUCAGCGUUUACCCUUGUCUACUUAUUACAUUUUCAUAUGUUCCUUGAUACAACACAAUCAAUAUCUUUUUUUCCACCUAAGUUCUUAUUCUGGGCAUAGUUGGUGUAUUUAAUACGCAGACAGCUUUUAUUGUAUACUCCUGGAGCUAGGUAACAAUGUAUAUAGCAUUUAUCAUAAAGAGUUUAUGUUGGAAACGUUUUAGAUUUUGAUACUUUUAUUACGAAUUUUUGUUUAAGCUGUAUAACAUUGACUUAAUUUUAAUUUGAUAUACUGGAACAAUUAAUUUAUAUUGGUUGAUGAAAACAUAAAAGUUAAUUCAUAUAUGGAACAUAGUAGUAUCAUAAAUUCUGACGACUUAGUUUUAUUUUAUAAGUUGAACUUUUAUUCAAGCUUUCAGCUCUUAAGCUUAUACUAUAGUGUCAAUACACUUAUUGAUCUGUUGGGUUUUUAUUUUAUUUUACAUCGUGAGAUAAAUUAUUCAGGGUCAGUUGUUUAAUUUAUUUAUUACUGUACAAAGAAUAUUGCAUUAAAAAUGGCAUUAAUAAAGAA